AAGGCCUAAAUAGCCCUCUUAGCCCAAAGAAGCUUCAAACCCGAAUCCCAAUUUGCUAAACUGUGCCGCUACCCCCCGGUUCAUCUCCCAAAACCCUAGAAACAGCAGGCGAUCAAAAAAGGAGAGAUUUUUGAGGAAGGAAGGGAUCAGAGAUGGACAAGAGCAUGCUUGGAGAUCUGGACAAUCUCCCGGAGGAGGACAAGAUGAGGAUGGGGACCAUGAUCGAGCAGCUCCAGAUCCGUGACAGUUUGAGGAUGUACAAUUCGUUGGUGGAAAGAUGCUUCACCGACUGUGUAGACUCCUUCAAGCGCAAGUCGCUCGACAAGCAGGAAGAAACAUGCGUCCGCCGAUGUGCAGAGAAAUUCUUGAAGCAUUCGAUGAGGGUCGGCAUGCGAUUUGCAGAACUCAACCAGGGUGCUGCUACUCAGGACUAAUUUUUUGUUGAUGUUUCAACAGAAUGCUAUCAUUGGCUACCUGAUGGACCGUGAAUCCUUGCGUUUGUUUGUAAGAGCGUUGUUGUUUAUUUGCUCAGUGAUAGACUCCUUAGCCAGAAGGGUCAGGAUGAUUGAAUUUUGUUAUUUUUAUCCGAGCUGUUUUAUGCGCUUUUUAUAAUUUCGAUGAAUCGGGUAGGGUUGUGAUGCCAAUUUCUAUAGUUCUUACAUUUGGUCUGCAUGAAAAAAGCAUUAAACAUUCCUGGCUGCUUGAUUUUCA